GGUGUGACUCAUCGUCCAGAUCUACCGCUCCAAAUUUUAGCAGGUCCGGGGAGUGGGAAGACGAAAGUUCUGACAUCACGAAUCGCCUACAUGGUAUUGCACCAUGGGAUGGACCCAUCGUCUAUAUGCGCUGUUACGUUCACCAACAAGGCAGCCAACGAAAUGCGAGCCCGUCUCGUAAAGCUUAUUGGUAAAGAUAACGUCAAUAAAGUGAAAUUGGGAACAUUUCAUGCGAUCUGCGCCCUCUUUCUGCGGAAACAUGGGACAUCGGUGGGUCUCGACGGGAACUUCACUAUAUGUGAUUCCGAUGAGAGCAAACGAAUUGUGACGAAAUUGUUGAAGCCUUACGAAGAUUUCCUCUCGUCCAAAGACAUUCAAGUGAAUGCCUCAACUCUCUGUUCAUUGAUUUCUCGAGCCAAAUCCAAGGGAGAAACUCCAGAAGAUGUUAUGCCAUGCAAAGAAGGUCGACAUGUUUCAAGCAAAGCUGCUUUCUCAAAGUCAACGAACGAAGAUUUUCAGCGUGUCUUUGCAGAGAUAUACCGCGACUAUGAGAAGACUUUACGCAAAAGUAAUAGUUUAGACUUCGAUGACCUUCUUCUCUUUGGCGUUAGGCUUUUCUCGCAGCACCCGAGAUAUGCUGCAUGGUGCCAGCACAUACUUGUCGAUGAAUUCCAAGACACGAAUGCAGUCCAAUACGAGCUCAUGUGUUGUAUCGCUGCUGCCAGUCGUUGUGUGACAGUUGUUGGGGAUCCCGAUCAGUCGAUAUACGGCUGGCGAUCUGCAGAUAUUACAAACCUUGGCAAGAUGCAAAAUGACUUUCCGAAUGUAACACAGAUCAUGCUUGAGCAAAAUUACCGUUCAGCCGGAUCUAUCCUUGCAACGAGCCUCGCCAUUAUCUCGCAAGGUGAGUUGUACAGACAUACAUCUCGGAUUGCAAAGAUUCUGCAUACAGAUCAUCAGCUUGGGCCUCUUCCGAUGCUCUGUUCGUUCCCUACAGAACAUGAUGAAGCCUCUUUCAUUGCAUGGGAGAUCAACCGCAUGAUAGCACAAUCAGGAGGGAUGUUAGGUUUCGGAGAUUUUGCGGUGCUCUUACGUUUCAAUGCCAUAUCCAGAACAAUCGAGAACGCGCUUCAAAAGGAAGGUAUCCCCAAUCGAAUGCUCGGCGGACAUCAGUUUUUCGAACGGGCAGAAAUUAAAGAUAUCUUGGCAUACCUCCAACUCGUGGACAAUCCACAGUUUGAGCCAGCGUUUUCUCGCGCUAUCAACACUCCCUCACGGGGAAUCGGAGAGAAGUCCCUUGGGGAAAUUCUUUCACGAGCACAAAAACUCGGAAUUUCACCGCUGACUCUUGUCGAACGCAUCCACAACUCUAUAAUUCCGGAUUUGAAACCAUCUGUAAAGCGCAAGGUCCAAUCCUUCGUAAAUGUCAUGCGAUCACUGAGAUCGUCUGCCACUGAUGGAAUGGAACCAGCCCAAUUGAUUGGCAAGUUGGUCGAGCUUAUCGGAUACCAAGAACAUCUGAAGAAGUCUCAACCUGACUGGGACACACGAUGGGAGAACGUUCAAGAACUGAUCAACUUCGCGAUAAUUUUGGUUCGCUUCUUUCUGGACAAACCUUUUAACCGACUGCACAGAGAUACUACUCCGCUAAGACAGUUUUUGCAAGCAUCAAUGCUGUCAUCUGCAGGUGAUCAGUCGAAUGAAAAUGAUGACGAGAAGGUGUCUAUUGCGACUUGCCACGCUGCGAAGGGCCUUGAAUGGCCAGUUGUUUUUGUCCCAGCAGUGGAACAGGGAACAUUCCCUUUCUACCGAACAGAUGACAUUCACGAAGAAAGGCAAGUAUAUCAUUUUAUAUAUUUAUUUGUUUUGACUAGGUCAAUCAGACGCCUUCUAUACGUUGCAUGCACCCGGGCGCAGACAUCACUUUACCUAACGCAUACCUUAAAGCGCAAGGUCGCUGGCGUUUUCAAGCCCAGAGAUUUGUCUGAAUUCAUCUCUAAAAUCUGUUCCAAUUGUCCGGUAAGUUAUUUCUGUGAAACAGGUGGACGACACCAUGCCUAA